AUGGUGCGAUUCACGCCGCUGCGCCUGCUGUGCGCAGCCGUGAUAUUGUGCGUCUUCUACCUGUCUUCGUCGCUGCGGGACCUGGUCCCGUAUGUCGAGCGUGGCUAUGACAUCCUCCAAGAUCGGCCCACGCCCGCGCGCCCAGCCCAGACCAAGAUCCGCUUCGGAGAAGAAUGCUCGCCCUUCACGAGCGGGGUCAUGGAAGACAUCACCAUAAAGGCCACCUUCCAAGGAUUCGACAUUGUAGACGCCCUCUCGCACGUGCGCCCCGAGUACAAGUGGGAGAACACCGACUUCGACGUGUACGACAGCAUACAAGCCGCGAAUGAGACAGCGGACAGGGCGUCGAAUGGCUGGAAGCUGGAUAAAUACAAGUUCCUGCCUAUGAUGGAAUGGACCUCGUACUUGCGCCCAGACUCUCAGUGGUACCUCUUCAUUGAGACCGAUACAUAUGUCAACUACGACAACCUCUACCGCUUCUUGACGCACUUCAAUCCCAAGUCGGCGCACUACUUUGGAUCGCCUGUCUGGCCCAAGAAGAAGGCGCCGUAUGCACACGGAGGCAGCGGCUUCGUGCUGUCGCGUGGUGCGCUGGACAAGCUCAUGGCACGUGGUAGGAUGUUCGCCGAGAACCACCACUUUCCCGGUACACACUUUUUCGGCGAGAACGUAGCCAAGUCGUGCUGCGGUGACGCGAUGCUAGCGCAGGUGCUGAAGAAGAGCGGAGUGUCUCUUCGCGGAUACUGGCCAAUGUUCAACGGCGACAAACCCUCGACAUUGCGCUUUGGACCUGAACAGUGGUGCGAGGCUAUAGCAACGAUGCACCAUCUACAAGAAGACGACUUUACCGAUCUCUCCCAAUGGACACAGGCUCGAAAGCACCCUGAGAGGGCUCUGAUGUUUGAAGAGUUGUUCACCUUCAUAGAGCCCCGGCUUCAAGCGAAGACAGAUGACUGGACGAACAUGUCGGACGACCAGAUUUACACCAAGGGCACGCCUGCCAAUUCAUUCGUCAAUUGCGAACAAGCCUGUGCGAAGGACCAAAAGUGCUUGCAAUUCGAGCACACUGGCACCGUGUGCAGACUGUCGCAUAGCAUAAGGCUCGGUGAGCAGCGUCUGCCCCGCGAAGACGAAAAGUACGUGUCAGGAUGGAUGCUGGAUCGGAUCAAGGACUUCAAAAAAGCCCGGUCGCCAUGUCAAGGUGCACAUUUCGUUCACUCGAAUCCCUGAGUGGCCAUUUUUCAUGAUCAUGAUUAAGCCAUGACUAUUGUUUGACGAUGCAUGAAUUGCUGCAUUAGAGGCGUUUGAUACCCAAGGCGUCACGGUUGACGCUGCAUUGUGUGCUCAUUGGCGACUCGUUUCCUGUUACUCGCGUUUACUUGCAUUGCUCGGCGGUUAUCAUCACCCAGGGCUUCGGCGGUUUAGCUACAGAUUGGUAUUUGCCUACAAGGGAUGCCUUCGUAUGUAUGCAGUUUACUUCUCGCGUCUCGCGGGCAUGUCCCCUACAUAUCCUAAUACAACACUACGUUGCUCUA